AUGGCAGCCGAAUAUACUGAAUGGUAUCAUCACGUGAUCUUAAUCGUUGCCACUUUCAUCUGUGGUUUUGGAUAUGGUCUCGAUGGGAGUGUUCGCUAUGUUUAUACAAGUUAUGCUGCUUCCUCUUACUCAAGCCAUCCCUUGAUUUCAACAUUGACGGUUAUUAAUGCUAUUAUCAGUGCCGCUGCGUACAUUGUUUUUGCAAGGUUGUCUGAUGUGUUUGGCAGACUGUCUCUCUUCAUUACUGCAGUGGUCUUCUACGUAGUGGGAACUAUAAUUCAAUCCCAGGCUUAUGAUAUUCAGAAAUAUGCUGCUGGUUCAGUGUUUUGGACAAUUGGUUAUGUUGGAAUUAUGAUUUUGCUGAUCUUGAUCGUUUCUGAUUUUUCAUCUUUGAGAUGGAGACUUCUCUAUCAAUUUGUUCCAUCGUGGCCAACCAUCAUCAAUACUUGGAUUGCUGGUCUAAUCACAGCGCGUGCUAAUCCUCUUCAAAAUUGGUCCUGGGAUAUUGCCAUGUGGGCCUUUAUAAUACCUUUAUCAUGUUUGCCAAUUGUAUUCUGCAUGAUUCACAUGAGGUACAAGGCAGGUAAGACUCUUCAGUGGAAAGCUCUUCAAGAUGAGAAGAGUUUAUACCAGGCUCACGGUCUAUUCAAAACUGUUAAUGAGCUUUUCUGGAAAUUGGAUGUGAUUGGGCUCCUUUUGAUGGUUAUCUCUAUCGGGUGCAUUUUAGCGCCAUUGACUUUAGCAGGAGGUACGAGCUCCAAGUGGGGAAACUCUCACAUCAUAGGGCCUUUUGUUUUGGGCUUUGUCCUUUUACCCAUAUUUCUUCUCUGGGAAAGCAAAUGGUCCAAAACACCUAUCAUACCUUACAAAUUAGCCAAGGACAGAGCCGUUUGGGCUGCUCUAGGAAGUCAAUUUUUGAUCGGCUUCAUUUACAAUCUUGCUGCUGGCUAUAUCUAUACCAUAUUAAUUGUCGCAGUCAACGAAUCCGUUAAUUCGGCUACUGUUAUUAGCUCUUUAUCUUCAUUUGUGUCGUCAGCUGCAUCACCAUUUUUUUCACUUUGGAUGGUUAGACGUAGUAGAAUGAAAGGUUACAUCAUUGGAGGAUGUGGUUUGUGGAUGCUUGCAAUGGGUCUAUUAAAUCAUUAUAGAGGUGGAUCGUUUGCACACAGUGGUAUUAUUGGUGCUAUGGUAGUAUGGGGAAUCGGGGAUACUUUACUAAUCUAUCCAGUCACAAUCUCAGUUCAAUCCUCAGUAUCCCACGAUAACAUGGCUACCGUGACUGCAUUGAACUACACGGUUUAUGCGAUUGGGUUGGCUGUUGGAUCUGCUGUUUCUGGUGCAAUUUGGACUCAAUCACUGUACGGUCAACUUUUGAAGCACUUGAAAAGUGUUGAUUUAGCUUCUGCUGCUUAUAAUGCGCCUUUUGAGUUCAUCGUUGAUUACUUAUGGGAUAGUACAGAAAGAAAUGCGAUGGUAGAGGCUUAUAGGUAUGUCCAACGUUAUGAAACAAUUGUUGCUCUUGUUUUUACUGUUCCAUUGCUAGUGUUUUCUCUAUGUUUACGUGAUCCUCCGUUGACUGAUAAAGUGGCUCAGGAAAACAUUGAAGAAGGUGAAUAUGUGGAUAUUCACCAUGAUGACCCUAUCAGUGACUGGUUCGUUGAAAAAUGGAGAAGGAUCAUUCCCAAGAAAGAAUAA